GAUUCUGAAUUGGCAAAUAUAUUCCAUCCAGUAAGAUUGCUGGUUGAACAGCAUUUAACCUGCGAUUCUGAAUUGGCAAAUAUACUCCAACUGGAAAGAUUGCUUGUUAAGCAAUGUUUAACCUGUGAUGACGAUCCCCCAAUAUUUCAAAUUAGUAUUAGUGUAAUUUUUGAUAUUCUUUAA